AUCAUCCACCAGGCUGUCUGAGGUCCACUGCUUCCUCUCUUUUUGACCACACCCAUUUUCCCACCCUCUGCAAAAUCGCAAAGGACUUGUUUACCUGCUUCUUUUCGCCUGCGAUAUUAAGCAUCAUACACAAUGGCUGCCGCGACCCCUACUUUCAAGCUCGUCCUCGUCGGUGACGGUGGUACCGGCAAGACCACCUUCGUCAAGCGCCACUUGACUGGUGAGUUCGAGAAGAAGUACAUGGCCACCCUCGGUGUCGAGGUCCACCCUCUCGGCUUCAGCACCAACUUCGGCCAGAUCCAGUUCGACGUCUGGGAUACCGCCGGUCAGGAGAAGUUCGGUGGUCUCCGUGACGGUUACUACAUCAACGGCCAGUGCGGUAUCAUCAUGUUCGAUGUCACCUCCCGCAUUACCUACAAGAACGUUCCCAACUGGCACCGUGAUCUCACCCGUGUCUGCGAGAACAUCCCUAUCGUCCUCUGCGGUAACAAGGUCGACGUGAAGGAGCGCAAGGUCAAGGCCAAGACCAUCACCUUCCACCGCAAGAAGAACCUCCAGUACUACGAUAUCUCCGCCAAGUCCAACUACAACUUCGAGAAGCCCUUCCUCUGGCUCGCUCGCAAGCUCGUCGGCAACAACGCUCUCGAGUUCGUCGCUGCCCCCGCCCUUGCUCCUCCUACCGCCGUUGUCGACCAGGAGCUUAUGGAGAAGUACCGCGCCGAGAUGGACGAGGCUGCCCAGAUGCCUCUUCCCAACGAGGAGGACGAUGAUGAUCUCUAAGCGGAUGGAUAGGGUCGGCUUCAGGGCCCGGCUCAGGCGGAACACCCCUGGUCAGGAGUCAUGGAGUUGUGGGAAAAUGAAAGAUUGGUAAUGUCCGUUAUGAAAGGAUGAGCGGGUCUUCCAGACGCAAAUGACAAAAAAAAAAUUACUUCGCAUUCGGGGCAGUCGCCGGUCCGGAACCAGGUUGGAGAGAAACUAGCCUUUUGUCACCACGUCGUCUUGGAGGAUGAGAGAAAGCGGUCGAAGUCUGUCCAAAAGGGAGAAAGACGAGACAGCAAAAGAGAGAGAGGUCGUCGAUUUUACAGGCCUUUUUAUGUUUUCUUUUUGCAAUGGGAAGUUGAAGAAGGGUGAGCUGCUAAUGCGGUUGUUGUUGGACUUUGCCGACUUAGCUUACACGACGUCAAGAUCAUACCCCCGUUAUCACACAGCAUGUGGACAUGACACUCGAUCUGAAUGGGAGAGCGCGAACUUAGCCAAAGCAACUAGGGAGGUAGACCUGCAUGUUUUUCUUCGCUUUUCAGCAUGAACGACUCCCGCUUUACUUAGUAGGUAGAUUAUCUAGAUAGGUACACACAACGCACCACAAAAUACCCUUUUGGUAGACAU